GUUGAGGGAGGACGGAUUUGAGUAACGUACGAUGUUAGAGAUUAUGGUAGAAAGUCAAGUUAUAAUGAAUAUAUUUCGACAUGUCAGUUAGAGAUUUAAACAACUAAACAGAUGUAUAAUUAUAUGCUCUCAAGACAUGUGUUUUUACUGACUAUAUGCCGAAAACCUCGGAGGAUAUCGCCGACUGCUCGGCGCUGUGUGAACUGUCACACCGGUCCUGAAGCUGAUGUACAGCUGAGAGAGCAAAAAGGACCAAACAAAAACCAGGUUACAAAAAGGCGCAGAAAAGAGAGACCUUCUUGUCAGCCAGUCCUGGACAACUUUGACCAGCAGUACAGUCAGGAACUAGGAGACCUGUGGCCCUCUGCAAGAGCAGUGCUCCUGGACCCUCAAUCUUGGCAGUAUGGCGUCAUGCUCAACCGCUUCAGCGCUGUGACAGGCAUCACACAGAUCCUCCAGUCUCAGGGCUUUUCUACAUUGCUGCCUCAGAACAGUGUCUCCACGCUCCUUUGUAAUGACUUCUCAACAAUCUCCAAUUCUAAACAUCAAGCAGGAGCAGACUCUCCGUUUCCACCAGACUACAUUUCAAAGUUCCCUCUUAAUGACUUUUCUCUUCAACCUGACAGCACCUCUCAUGUGCUCGCUCAAGACCUUAAAUCAGAGCCUUCACUCAGUUUACCCCGUUCUACGAUACAGUGUUACAUCCACCCAUAUCCACUGCACUUCCCCUCUCAGGCUCACAGGCCUGGCCAGCUCAAGCAGUACUACCUCCUCAAUGCUGCCUCCCUGCUGCCGGUGCUGGCUCUGAACGUCAGAGAUGGGGAAAAGGUUUUGGAUCUCUGCUCGGCACCUGGGGGCAAAGCCUUAGCCAUAAUGCAGUGUGCCACCCCAGCACUGCUGUGGUGUAAUGAACCCAACCACCACAGACGGGAGUGGCUUUCCAAAACCCUUGAGUCCUUCCUGCCUCCGUCACUAACCAGCAGAGUGACUGUGUCCGCACAGGAUGGAUGCUCUUUUGGACAAAGUGAAACAGGAGCGUAUGACAAGGUUUUAGUGGACGCUCCAUGUUCUAAUGACAGGAGCUGGUUGUAUUCCUGCAGCAGCCAGCAGGGGGAACACAGACUGAAGGAAAGAGCCAGGCUGCCUUCUCUCCAGGCUCAACUGCUGAGGUCUGCGCUGACAGCGGUGCGUCCGGGGGGGGUUGUGGUCUAUUCUACCUGCACUCUGUCCAGCUCUGAGAACUAUGCUGUGGUCAACACAGUGCUGAAUGACUGUCCUGAGGCUGAAGCUGAAGACCUGUGGGAGGAGAUCGCUGUUCCUUUAUCAAAGUACUUUACAUUUAGUCAUGCUCACCCUGAUCUUGGACAGAUGCCUCAGAAGCCAUCCCUGCAGCCACAGAAUGGCCCCCCGUCCUUGAAUCACCGCAGACUCGGCAUUUUAGUGGUUCCUCAGCCCGGCAGGACCUGGGGACCGAUGUUUUUGUCUCGGAUUAGAAAAAGGAAAUAAAGUAGGUUGUAUUUUCCUUUGCAAAAAAAGACGAGUGGAAACAAAUUGCCCAACAUACACAUUUCCUUUAUAUACCUUUUGUAACUCAUGGAACACUCCACUAGGUCACACAAGCUGACAGACGUACCCUUUAUUAUUUGUUAUUGUUAGGAUUGAUUGUUUAUGGAAACCACUAAAACUGCACAUGUACGAUUAAAUGAUAUCGACUGAACAUAUUGUUAAGUGCUUUACAUCAAUAACUGCAUCCUCAUUGUAUAAUGAAAUUGAUAAUACUGUAAGACUGCAAUAUUUAACAAUGUAAGAUUGUAAUAUUAAAAAUGAAUUCACAGGGUUUGGAGUAAAUGCUUAUGAUGUCGGUUUUGUUUUCGAAAUACCCCUUGACUGCAGUCAAAGGCUCACCACAGAAACUCACAUUCAGAGUUUCCAGCCUUAAGUCAUCGAAUCUGGCUGCAGUCAUUAUAUUUUGAUGAACCUUGUAUCGACUCAUCACUGAAUCUUUUUAAUGUUUCUAUGUGAACACUUGUGACUCAUCUGCUUAUUGGACUGUGUUUGUUUUUUGAAUACUAAAUGCCAUAACACUAUUGCAAAUGUCAACACAUGGACAUUAUACACUCAACAGGAGGCAUGUCUGAGAGAUUAGUUUAAUAAUAAGGAAGACUGAAAUGAGAUUAUGAACACAGUUCGUCUUACUAACUUUGCAUUGUGCUACUCUGAAUUAACACAUACUUCAAGUAAUUUUCCAUCUGUCACCAAACCUCCCUUUAGUGUGAUUGAGGCUGCAGUCUUAUCUCUUACAGUGGCUCAUUACCUGCGUGGACAGUUCUCAUAUCACGCUUGAUUGAAAAUAGACUAUUUUAUUGCAGAGUUUGGGCUUUUCAUCAGGGUGUGAUCACUCAGACAAGAAGCCAAAACAUGUUUUGAGAGUAACUAUAGACAAUAAUGCACAACAAUAUAUAUAUUUGUACCCCUUUGUA